AUGUCCAUUCUCUCAUUUGAUAAGCCCUUUGGCAUCGAACUAUGGCCCAUUUUCGAUACUUUUGCCUCUAAAGCCACCCACGGUGCUUUUGUUCCUUCCGAGUUUGAGUUUGUUGCUGGAAAACUGCCUUUAUCCACUCUGGAACCAGUAUUGUACAGCAUUGCCGCGUACUACUUUAUCGUCUUCGGUGGCUAUUAUUUUAUUAAGAAGCUGGAGCUAAAGCCACUAGUUUUAAAUGCGUUGUUUUCUGCUCACAACUUGUUUUUAACUACUGCUUCUUUGGUGCUGUUAACUUUGAUGGUUGAACAGCUCGUUCCUAUUAUUUACCACCAUGGACUUUUCUAUGCUAUUUGCAACACUAGGGCUUGGACUCAAGAGCUUGUCACUUUGUACUACCUGAAUUACCUGAUCAAGUUCGUAGAGUUUAUUGACACAUUCUUUUUGGUUGUCAAACAGAAAAAGCUGACAUUUUUACACACUUACCACCACGGUGCUACUGCUUUGCUAUGUUACACUCAGUUGGUUGGUGUCACUUCCAUCUCUUGGGUCCCAAUCUCCCUGAAUCUGGGUGUCCACGUUGUCAUGUACUGGUAUUACUUUCUGGCUUCGAGAGGUAUCCGUGUAUGGUGGAAGGAAUGGGUCACUAGAUUUCAAAUUAUGCAAUUUAUUUUGGAUCUUGGAUUUGUUUAUUUUGCCAGUUACCAAAAGUUUGCCUACACUUAUUUCAAGGACGUUCUGCCAUACUGUGGUGACUGUGCUGGAACCAUGGUAGCCGCUGUGUCUGGUUGUGCCAUUCUGUCGUCCUACUUGGUCCUUUUCAUUGCCUUCUACAUUGAAGUCUACAGAAAACAAGGUAAAAAGUCCAGAUACGUUAAAAAGGUCAGAGGUGGUGUUGCUGCCAAGGUCAACGAGUAUGUUCUUUUGGAAGACAAACAGUUGGCAUCCGGUGCUUCCUCUCGUUCCAGCUCCCCUGUGACCAGAAAUUUGCGCUCUCGCAAGGCCUGA